CUCCCAUCCCUGGUCUCUGACUAUGAGAGAGCAGACCUUUCAUAGGCUGAAAGGACAGACAGGACUCCUCCCAGGCAUGCUGCAGCGUUCCAAGUACAGUCGCCUGCGCAACGAUUCCCUCACCUCUCUGGAGGAAUACCCAUCCCAAGGAGCUCUGGCCUUGAAGACGGACCCCUGUCUGACCUCUGACCCCACCCGUUGCCUGGGACCCCUCCCCCCGCAGGUGGGCCCGCGGACCCCCCCGGACCACCAGGGCUCGUCCACACUGAGGGGCUUCAUCCCCCGUGUGGCUAACAUUAGACUGCACAGCCCCGCAUCCCUGCUGGGGCUCAGGGGGCAGACGGACAGGCAUGGUGACAGAAGCUCGUCCCAAACAGACUGGGACUCAGGGUCAGCCCACGGGCUGCUCAUCCACAAGCAGCCCCCUGAGAUAAAGACCCUCGCCCUGCCCCGGACCUCCUGCCUCCCCCUGAAUCAGACCUCCAGCCAGACUCACUCUUGCCUGCAGCUGACCCAGAGGCCCAUCGCCCUGCGUCGGAUGGCCAGUCAUCCCUGGACCCGUGGCCACCUGGUCUCCUGUCUGAAGGGGUCAGCUAGCACAGACGGACACAUUCCGUGUCUGAGGGAGAACAGGAUGAUCCAUCCCCACAUUAAGUACAUGGGCAGUUUGGAAGUGAUCCAGUCCAUGAGGGCUUUAGACUUCAACACAAGAAUGCAAGUCACACGAGAGGCAAUAAGCCGACUUUGUAAAAAGACACCAGGAACCAAGACAGCAACUCCAAAGAGUAAAAGGCUUCUGUCUAAAAGACUGUCAGCGGUCCUGGGCCAAAGCAACCUCCAGUUCUCUGGGACCAGCAUCCUCCUCACCAUCUCUACUGACAGUGUGGUUCUGACUACAGCCAACUCCCUGAAGAUGAUAGCCCAUCAUCCCAUGCAAUCCAUCUCGUUUGCCUCUGGAGGAGACCCUGACAUGGCCGAUUAUGUUGCUUACGUAGCCAAAGACUCCAUCAACCAGAGAGCAUGCCACAUCCUGGAGUGUGCCCCUGGCCAGGCCUGUGAGGUCAUCAACAGCAUCGGCCAGGCAUUUGAGACCCGCUUCCAACAACUCCUCAGCCACACCCCUUCUCUGCUCCCCACCAAUCACAAGUGUACCACAGGGGUAGGGGUCUGGAGCCAGGAGAGGACAGAUAUCCGUGAAGUCCGACAACUCAGUCAGGACCAUGAAUACUACAACCAGAUUCCUGGCAAAGCGCCCCCUCCUGGAGGAAUACAGGACAUGCGCACGUCAGAGAACCAGGCCGACGAUGCAGGGAUAAAGACGGUCUGUUCCUCCCAGGCUGUGUCUAUGUACGAAAACUGCUCCCUCACUCAGGAGCCUCUGGCUCCACCUGCAGAGGUUGUGUUGUCUGAGAGAGCGGCCGAGGCACUGACCCAGGACCUGCUCCAGAAGGAGGAGUGGUACCAUGGCAGGCUGGGGAGGGCUCAGGCAGAGAAGCUGCUGACCUGCAGUGGAGACUUCCUGGUCCGGGAGAGCAGCUCUGCUCCUGGCCAGUAUGUCCUCAGUGGCAUGGAGGGGAGGACGGCCAGGCAUCUGCUGCUGGUCGACCCGCAGGGACAGGUAAGGACCAGAGACCAAGUGUUCCUGAGCGUGGGCCACUUGGUGGGUUUCCACAUGCACAGCCAGACGCCCAUCAUCUCUGGGAGCAGUGAACUGUCUCUGAGGCAACCUGUCCUGCAGAGACUCUGUCCCCCAGACACACACCCCACACACACCCACACAGACAACGGCAGUGACAACAUGGCGUAACUGUCAGUUGGCAGUCAAAGGUGUCACAUCCGUCAACUCUGUGCGUCAGUGUUUCUAACUCUGGUUGAGUGGUAGGAUGAGCUUUAGGUCUUCUGAGAACUGAGGUACUGGAAGAUAUGCCUUGGUUCACUGUAGAUUCCAUAGAUAGGCAAGCAGACAAGCUGUGACAGAAAACAAGUUUGUAUUUUGUAAAAGAAUGUUACUCUUAUGAAACGUGACAGCUGUAUGAAGAUGAUAAUGACACUCUCUCCAUGCAAAAGACUUUCAAUCAGUGUCUAAAUCAUAGCACAAGAAUGCUAACAUCAUCGAGGACUGGGAUUGACUGGGACCGGUCAUACUGGAGAAUGCUCCCAGCUGUUUUUUGGAUAAACAACAGUAUAUUUUGUAUAGAAGUAUAUAGUUGGUGUAUGGUGGUGGUGUGCUUCACCUCUGUCAUAUGAAUUUGUUUCUACACAUCCUACUUUCUAGUCUAAUACUGUAUGUUAAAGCUCUUCAAUUAUGCAAGCUGUUCUGCCAAUACUUUUUCAUAAAGAUAAUGUCAUUUUGGGCAUAAUGUCAAGUCAUUUCCAUGUGUGGAUCAGAAGAGUUAGGUAGUUUAGGGUUGCUAACUGGUCGAUUUGAUGUUCCAUCUACGUUCUGUUUCUCACUGCCACAAGAUGGUGCCAUUUUACUACCAUAUCAUCAAGAUGACUCACUCCAUCAGUGUGUGUGUGUUUAAAAUGUAAUU